UGCUUUUUUAGUGCUCUCAAAUAUUUUUCUUUUAUAUAUAGGAGAGUUCGAGCAGGAAACAUUAAAAGUUCUAACCAUGGACUCCACAAGUAACCCAUCCAUGAGCAAAGAUCAAAAGCUACACAUAGUAAUGUUCCCAUGGUUAGCUUUUGGUCACAUGAUUCCUUUCUUAGAACUCUCCAAGCUCAUAGCCCAAAAGGGUCACACAGUCUCCUUUAUAUCCACUCCUAAAAACAUCGACAGACUCCCAAAAUUGCCUCCAAAUCUUGCUCCUCUCAUCAAUUUAGUGAAGGUUCAAUUGCCUAAAGUCGACAAACUCCCCGAAAACGCGGAGUCCACCAUCGAUCUUCCAUAUCACAAGGUCAAGUACCUCAAGAAGGCCUACGAUCAGCUCCAACAACCCAUCACUCAACUUCUACAAGAUAUCGCUCCCGAGUGUGUUAUUUACGAUUUUGUGCCUCAUUGGCUUGGCCCUAUUGCCUCCAAACUCGGCAUUUCACGUGCCUACUUCAGUAUUUUUAUUGCUGCUUCAUUAUGCUUUUUUGGUCCUGCACCGACUUUAAUGGGCUUGACUCCAGACCACCGCACAAAAUCUGAGGACCUCACUGUACCACCCAAGUGGGUGCCCUUUGAAUCCACCGUCGCGUUUCGACUCUUUGAGAUCAACCGUGUCUUUGAUGACAUAACCGGGGAUGAUGAAAAUAUUCCGGCUGCCUAUCGUAUGGGAGCUACUUUUGAAGGCUGCAAUGUAUUGGCAGUGAGGAGCUCUCAUGAGUUUGAACCUGAAUGGUUAAAACUUCUCCAAGAGAUUCACCAAAAACCAGUUAUACCUGUUGGCCAGCUUCCUCCGAUUCUGAAUUAUGGGGACUACGAUGACAAAGAGGAAUGGAAAGCCAUGCAAGAGUGGCUUGACAAGCAGUCUAAAGGGUCAGUGGUCUAUGUUGCAUUCGGGAGGGAGGCAAAACCGAGUCAAGCCGAAGUCACAGAGAUAGCUCUCGGGUUAGAGCUAUCCAAGUUACCAUUUUUUUGGGCUCUGAAGACGCGACUUGGUUUGGCUGAUACUGACGUUGUUGAGUUGCCAGAUGGGUUUGAGGACAGAAUGAAGGGACGCGGGGUGGUGUGGACGAGCUGGGUGCCUCAACUCAAGAUACUGAGUCACGACUCAGUGGGUGGGUUUUUGAGUCACUCUGGGUGGACCUCGGUGGUUGAGGCAAUACAGUUCGAGAAGGCUCUUAUUUUGUUGACUUUCUUGGCAGAGCAGGGGUUGAAUGCUAGGCUUCUGGAGGAGAAGAAGAUGGGAUAUUCGGUACCCAGAGACGAGCAAGACGGGUGGUUCACGAGGGACUCAGUGGCCGAGUCACUGAGAUUGGUGAUGGUUGAGACAGAGGGGAAGAUAUACAGGGAGAGAAUCAAAGAAAUGAAAAGAUUGCUUAUGGACUGGAAUGUUCAAGACAAAUAUGUGAACAACUUGUUGGAUUACUUUAAGUCUCACAGAGACCGAACUGAAGAUGCAAAAUUGAAGGGACUAAACUAAACCAUCCAAUCUCUCUUCUUCUGGAAAACAAGCAAGUCUUUAUCAUUUGUAUUUAUGGUCUGAUGUGGUAUAUUGUGGUAUCAUUAAUAUAAUAAGUUUGUCAUUUGACGUAAUAUUUUCUGUUAUCAAUGAAGUAGUAAGUUUAACAUUAAUAUCCGAAAGUUAUGAAAUAUGGCACAACCAGUGUGAAAUGUAAAUUAAGCAAUGAUAUUUUAUUUUUCCUAA